AUGAGAGAGAUCUUUAGUAAAAGGAAAUAAGAUGUGGUACAAAUAUUGGAGGUAGGUCACAAGUAAGAGAUAUGUUUAUUGAGAAAAGAAUAUUUAGAUGUAAGUUUAUAAAAACUGCUCUAAUAUAAAGUAGACCUUGAGGGAAGUAUAAAUUGAUAAUCAUAAAGGCUUUGGAAUGAGAAAUUCAAAGAAAUAAGUAUUAGAAACAGACAGAAGAUUCCUGAAUCAUACCAUAACAUCUAAACAUUAGCAUUUGUAAUUAGCAUAAAUUUCCAAUUUUAUAUAAUACAAAUAAUCAACUUUUAUUUGA